AUGGAGAUUGUAGGUGUAGUUGGCCAUGUUGUGCAGUCCCUGAUUCUGUUGGUUGUCGAUUUGCGCCAAGAACUCGCGACGUCAAUCUCGGAGCCGCGUCUUCUGCAAAUAACACGACUCGAUAGCUUCAUUUAUCUGAACACCAUUAGCACGUAUCAAGAUUGCACUGUCCGUAGCAUUAGUACGUGUUCCCCAUCAAUGCACGACAUGCUAUCUGGAAUCACAGAGAACCUCUCAGCGCUCGUCGCGAGACGGUUCACUGCGGCCAAGCAGUCUGGGGCUCUUGUUGUCUCACAGACAGAGGUCACGACAAUAUCGGCCUCAAAUACACCAUUCCAACUUAGAUACUGUCCCGCUCUCGCAAAAAAGCCGAUCAAUAACCCACCCAAAGCACUUGAACAUAUACCGUCCGACAUAAAGCGAGAUCCAUUCCACGACCCCCCGGAAGAUCUUCUCAUUGCUCAGUUUCCACAGCCUGAUCCGUCCUACAUAUUGGUUCUGAAUAAAUUCCCCGUUAUCUCGGAUCACUUUAUACUUGCGACCAAAGGUUAUAAGCCGCAGUCCGAUCUGCUCGAGAAAGAAGACCUCCAAGCAACAUUUCAAUGCCUAAAAGCAUGGCAGAAGCAUGAAGGUCCACCCGGAUCGAAACGCCUAUUUGCAUUUUUCAACUCCGGGGAACACAGUGGUGCUAGUCAACCCCACAGGCAUAUACAGUUUUUACCUGUGGAAAGAAUAGCCCAGCCCAAUGAUGAAACGUGGAAGCCAUUAAUUGAUGGAAAUUCUUCCUCCGCAGCUAAGAACUUCGAUCAUCCGAGCUCUUUUGGCUUGCCAUUCGCCUGCUAUGCUGUCAAUCUACCAGCAGAGCCAUCCGCGGAAGAGCUACAUAAUUUAUACCUGCAAUUAUACAGGAUGGCUGUGAAGGUUGCGCAACAGUCCCCGGUCUCUCAAUUAAAUGCCGUGGAUCCGAUGAAUUUGAAAACCGACGGACCGGCUGCUAUUAGCUAUAAUUUAGCCAUGACUACAUCUCGAAUGAUGAUAUGCCCUCGAAAGAGCGAGUUUACAUGGCUACCAAUAGACCCUAAACAUCGAAACGAAACCCUAGAAGCAGGUCUGGUUAAACUCAACGGGACUAUUUUAGCGGGGACAUUGAUGGUGAAAGCAGCCGUUGAAUGGGAUGUGCUGAGAGAUCAGCCUGAUUCCUUGGAAUCUGUGUUGGAAGCAAUUGGGUUUCCAGAUCCAUUUGUGUCUAGGUGUUGACACAUGCAUAGAAGGCUCUCCGAAUGCGUUCUGUAUGCGACUGACAUACGCUAUUAUACCGAAUUUCAACAGACUACAAAUUGAAGACAAAUUGAACCGCUAUUUAAUACCAAUCUAUUGGGAUUAUGAACAGCUAUUAUAUUUGACCGCUGUUACCGGGAAACGAAAUAACGAGGCUACUAUAGGCUCAGCCUACAUUUAAUGCUAAUUAAGAUGAAAUUUAUUUACUCGAUUAUAUAUAAAUGGAUAUAUUAAGGUAUUUAUUACGUGUUAUAAUAUCUUGUUGGAUCUGUGACCAUUUCUUCUUACACGUGGCAUUGCCGAAAUGGUACGAGCCGCCGUUUUUCGAGAUAUAUUCCCCCACUUGCUUCCAUGAUAUUUUAGGAUCCUUGAUGUCCUCUCCUACGCCAUCUUGUAUCGGAUUAGCGUAUUUCCGCACGGCUUCACAAAGCAGUCGCACCUGUCAUCAGGAACAUAUCCUUGUUAGUGGAAUCGUACAUUGGGAAAUACAUAUCGACAGAACAAUUUACUCACAUCCUUUUCCUGCCAUCCUGGCUUCCUUACCCGCUGCUCUUUUCGCUUAGUUAGUGUUCUAAACCGUCCUCUUAGCGUUGACUCUGCCUCGAAGAAGUUUCCCUUUUCUUUAAUUUCCUUAUACGGCAUUCCUGCGCGUUUGCACUGGAUCAGAAAUUCAUCUUUUUCACUGGCACGCUGGGUGCCGAUGCUUGCUGUUCUCUGGGCCUCACAUCGCUUCAUCUUUCGGGGCCUCCCUGGUUGCUUUAUGGCUGGGAUCUCGUUUGGCUCAAAGGGCUCAUCGCCUGUCAAAUGGCCUUGCCAUUCGGGGAGCCUUUCACGUCCGGGAUUUUGAUCAAAAUAUUCCAUCGCCAUGUUCAUAUCGUGGAAACUUAGAGAAUCGAAAUUUACCGGCUCGUGAAGUGUGUCUGGAGUAAAGCAUGAAGAGAACGAAGAUUCUGGGCUGCAUUGGUUGCCUAGAGGGGUUGUGUGCAGCUCAUUCCAGUCACUCUGUGCGAUUGGCAGACUGGUCUGGGUGAUCAACGACGCAGAGAAAUCUUUGUUUACCCCAUUAGACCAUCGUUGCGGUUGUUGGAUAAAGUUUUGCGCUCCAUGCCACCACCCGUUUGUUGUUUCUGCUGUGAAAUCUGGGACAUAUCCUCUGUUGCCCGUUUGUUCUAGACAUUCAAUGGUGGUAGGAUAUGCUGAUUCGGUGUUUGUAUCCGAGGUGCGUGAUAUGGGCAUAUAUGGCAUUCUAGUCAUGGGCUCGGCCCAUCCUGGGUAGAUGUAUCCAUGUUGAUGAGACCCACCAUCCGCAGACAUGUUCUCAUCCUUCCUAUCCCCUUCCCAACUACUGUUGCAGUUUUUGAACUCAUGUAUUUGGGUCUGUACCCUUGGGAUAUAAUGCUGCCCUCCAGGAGUCUCCAUAGCAGGGUAGAUCGAACCGGACGGAGUACAUCCAAGGUUGGAUCGAAUUAGGGGUUGCGGUACCGUUGGCACUGUCGAAUUACUCUGUCUCUGGCCGUUACGCGGUACCGUUGCAGAGAAAGCCGGGGCGGGUUCGCUGACUGGCCCAGAUCCCGCUAGGCUCGCCCAUCCAGUGUUCGUAUCGGUUGUGAUGUUUGGUCCCGGGAGGCUAUCAAAACGAAAUUCAACAUUUUGAGGGCCUCUGUGUCGUUGUUGUGUCUGCAGCCUAACGGAGUCUCUGUCAUCAUAUUUACUUUCGGUGAAUCUGACGUUGGUGGAUAUCGCAUAACUUGAAUUCAAAGUUUCAAAUUUGCCACUCGGGUUAAAAAAUUGCUCGGGAUGGCCAUAGUUUGCUUGCGGCUCGAGAUCUUGUGAAACAACUUUUCCGCACCACGCGCUUUGUGUCGCCGAAAAGUUUGAUGUCGCAGAUCUUCUAGGUAUAGGGAGUUGGUCGUGAGCAAUGGAUAUAUCUCGAUGGGCCCGUCGCCGGGACAAAGCCAUAUCUCCACAACAGCUGUUGGGAGGAGAUUGCUAUGCUCUCCAGCGCCAAGCCACCUGGAACGAUAUGGUGCAAGCCGAUGAAACUCCUGUCCUCUACCAGAGAGGACUAGAAGAAUUUGAACAGAGUCAACUCGGGCAGUUGUUGUAAUGCUUCUUUGUUGGAUGGACCAACGCGAAUCUUCGAGAUUUUCGAGAAAUUGAUGUGAAGCUAGCUAAAAUUUUAUAAUAGGGAUUCUAGCGAGCUACGGGUACGAAUUCUGAGCACUCCCUCCAGUGGAAAUAUUCUAAUAUUGACACGUUAGGCAUUCAGCUGCGUUUGAAUAUGAAAUGUUCGAUGUACAAUAGAAGCUUACCUGGAAGCACCGAAGACUACCUCCUUCGUUUACGUUCGAUUUAAGCUGUGUUUGACUCUUAGUUCCCAGAAUGAAACACCGAAAUCAAUAUCCAAGUGCUGUGAAAAUUUAGCAAAGAUAAUGAAUUUGAGAAAUAUAUUUUAGUUUUCUAGGUGAUGGUGACUUCGUUAAAUUAUUUCGGAUUUAUGAAGUCCAUCGCGGAGAAUUUACAACUAUUUUCACCGAUAAAACUUUCCUCGCAACCUCCCUUGUUGUGGUAUGUGGCACUUGCAGCUGAGACGGCAUGGACCAAUAUUCGAAGCGUGGAAAGCCGUUGAGUGUCCAUAAUCACUGGUCCAACAUUCCCCGGGUUGCAAUAGAGCUUAAUAUUGCUUUUAAAAUUGGUUAGGGAAGCAAACAACAUGUGUAUGGAUCUACCCGAUUUCCUCGCCAAAAUAAAGGCUUUCCCAUUCCAAAAACUGAUAGUUGAAGGCUCCUUACAUGCAUUGCCCAAGGUAACGGUCCCUUGCGCAUGCCUAUCACCAACUUUUGUUGGUAUUCGAUGAUCUUAACUGCAAGCCAUCGCAACUGGCAACACUCUAGAAUUUUCGAGGAACAUGCCCUUCGAUACGUCAACAUUAGCUGUCAUCUGUUUCUAGCAACCUCCCGCUUUCCUUUGAGUGUAACUUCCGCGCAUUGCGGGUUGCAUUAUUAUUAGAAUCUAACGCAUCAGUGAAGGCUAACGUCAUGUUUUCCUUAUGUUUUGGAGAAGCCGCAAACGUGUUCUUCAGUUUCAAUGAUAAUCUGGCAUGUCAUGAGUGAAGUAGGGACUUCCUAUGAUAUGACUGGUUGCAUUCCUGACAAACUUGGCGCCCUGCGAUCUGAGCGCCCUAAGCCUUGUCGAUUGUGUUGUCACAUCUUUCAUUGCACACCCGCCAUGCUCUCAAUGGUCGAGAGAAAAGCCACGUUUUGGCUCCAAUCCUCUUCGAACGCAGGUUUCCUUGCAGGCGGAUUCUUGUAAGGAUUUCUUGAAAACACUUACCACUCUAACAUUUAGCAGCAGAUGUUGCAGGCAUGGACCUGCAAUGCACUGGAAUGUUCAACUCUUAUGUCGUCGAAGAAUACACUCUAUUUCAGCUAUUUCAUGUGUCCGAGUAUGUCCCAGUGCAGCAUUAAGGAGCGCUAGCUACCUUCAAAUGCUUCCAGGGCUGCUUCCACCUCAAAGUUUGCUCGUGGCAAUCUGUGGCUGUGCCGAUUAAUUGACUGCCGCCGUUGCCUCACGUUUUUCUUUUCUUUUUCUUUUCUUCUUUAUUCCCGAUUGCCUUUUUAUGCAAAGCGGAUGCUUAGAGGCUUGGGAAUAUUUAACUUUCGGUUCCUGUAUGAUCUAGAUCAUUCAUUGCCUCCGUGCUCUUCCUGCUCUUCCCGCUCGUCCUGAUCACCACCGGUCCUAUCACCUUUCUCAAUAUAGUCAUGCAUGGGGACCAGCCCUGAACGUGGCCAUUACCCCACCCUUCUUUCGUUGUCCAGCAAUAUAAAACGAGUUUCAGCUAUUAGUCAUUGCCUUAUCUAGUAGUUUUUCUGAUUUUUAAAAUUUUUCUUUUCUUUACUUUUCUUGUUUUUCCCUCUCUUUUGGUGAUAUUUUUGAAAGUUGGGGUUAAAAUUUGACACUUUUGUCCCUGCAGAGCAACAGGAAAGCUUGGGACGAUAGAGCCCGAUAGGGUCCCCGUACAAAUCUAACGAUCUCUGCAUGGCAGGUUUAUUGAUAGGUCAGAAAUUAAAACGCCUAGCAGGAAGAAAGGGAUGAAAAAUUGACAACCUUACAUCACGCUAGUGCUAUAUGCUGCAAAUUGCCGAGCCAAUCCCACACUGUUGUCCCCCAUGACCGCCAAUAACACGAUGAGGCUGGAUAAAAAGAAAAGAAAAGAAUAAUCCAAGAUCAGGAUCGGCUAGGGCCCGCCUUUAGGCACGCUGCAAUGCAGCUCUUGACGCAACAUAUACAGCGUAUUGCUGUAGGCACGGACAUGGACGCCGGAACCCUACCUGCAGCUGCAGAACUUUCGAGAAGGUAAAACCGAGAGGGGAGGACCUUCGUCCGUGCUUCGAGAACACCUUCCUUUCCCGCCUUUCUUCUGGUCCUUUUCCACGCCUCGUUUUGCUUUUUCUAUUGAAGGAGCAGAUGGAAGGCAUGGCUUCGUGCUAGGGAUUGUCUGAGGGUGAAGAAACCGCCGCAGAAUGAAGAGCCAAGAUCAAACGGCAGAAAGGCUGGACCAUGAACUAUAAUGUAGCUCGGAGAAUAUUGCCAUUUCUUCUUUCUUGAACCCCAACUAUAAAUUUUUUGUACUGGAAGCAUUUUUUUGCCGGGCUAAGCGAGGGAACUAGUUUACCACAUUUCAAUCAUGAAUUAUCUUUUAUUAUUAUUGUGCCUAUCCGGGCAUGUCCAGUUUUUAGGGAGGUCGUCAAUGGGAGCUUACCUUCUCCCCCCUUUGUUUAUCAUGCACCUGUUCUCUGUAGCUCUGCCUUCCUGGACGUGCCAAACUGCAAGCCUGUGGGUUUAUGCUCGAGCGUUUCUUUGCGAAAAAAUAGUUGUGCAUACGCACUUCACCUUUGUCUACGCGGGUACAUCAAUGUACGGUACAUAUACAUACAUAUAUUUACUUCGCAUGACAUGAAAAGCUUUUCAUUCUUUGACGUGUAUGCACUGCACAUGUACAAAUACCCGUUGCAGAAACGCACAAAAUAUUCAUACAAAUCCCUUCCUGGGAGCAUCUGAUUGCCUGGUUUACAGUAACGUCGGACAUACAUGUACAUCUACAUACCUAGUUACAGCUCCCGACCCAAAAAUAAACCCUUCAACUGACCCAAAUAUUGUGAACCAAGAGCAGCUCAGCUGUUCAUAGGAAUAAAAAUGCGUUUCAUAACCAGUUUCACAUCAAUUUCCUUCCUGCACAUUGCCGUUAUACAUUUGACACCCUUCAUAAAAUGUUGAGAGACAACAGGCCAACUUUUGCUUGGUUGUGUCUCGUUUCAAUUCAAUAGCUUAGUCGAUAGAUCACAAUAACUUCGGCUGGUAAGGUUAACUAGUCUUUGCAAUUUCCACCCUUCUUGCUUCCUUUCAUCAUUGACUUUUGGUUUCAUGUCAUUUCUUGUUCCGUUUGAUUCUUGCCUCCUCGCUCUUCUCGUGUCUUUACCUUUCUGAAACCAAAACCUAGAUAUGGUGUUCCAUAUCUGCUGUUUACCCCGUAAAUUGAAGUCUCUAUGCUCGAAAACAUCUUCAUCUGCUACGGUGCACAGGCGAUAGAAUCCCUAACAUCCCUGCUUAUCAUGUCUAAGGUAGACUGAAGGCUCUUUCCAUGUAACCUCCCUUCUCCUACACUACACGUUGCUGAAACGGUUGGAAUGAAGCCCUCAGUUGAAGCUGAGGAACGAACACCGGAAACUGAAGUGU